ACAUCGUAAAGGGAUCAAGAGGCGCCAAGCAAUACGACGCCGUCCAGCCGUGCCGUGCCUGCAAAUGCAAUUCCUUCUGGAGUGGACUAGUCUUCCUCUUCAUCCUUUCCGUAUCUUCUAGAUCUGUAAUUGAGUACUGACAUUGUCUUUCGUUCAGCUUUUCUGUGAUCCGCAUUUUCCACUUUCUCCUUCUUGCCGUUGAUUCUUUUCUCCUCCGCAUCGAAUCUGCGAUUCUUCUUCUCCCUAGUUCUCGACCACCUGUUUCGCUAUGUCCGGUUACUUGCAAUUUAGGGAUAUUCUAUCUUUUUCCUCUUAACCUUAAAGAUUUCGGUACGAGGUUGAGUGUUUUGGUGCGUGGCGCCGAGUUUCCGACUGCUCUUUCAGCGUUGCUUUGAGUCAGGUAGUUUCAGUUUUUUCUUCUCUUUAUUGUUAUGAUUCGAGGGACGUUUUGCGGUGCUAAAUUUGAUCAGUAGGGCACUCUCAUACAGAACCUGUGGCUAGCGUAAUGAAUGAGAAUUUCUGGGGACGAUAGGUAAAGGGUUCCCGUCAUACUUGCAGCCAAAAUCCUGCGUCAAUGGAGAAUCAGAUAAUGAAUCUUGGCCCUAAAGGUCGAAUCAAGAAGCAUGAAUUUGUAAGGCUUAUCAUACAAUGUCUCUAUUCUUUGGGGUUUGAAAGGUCAGCAAAAUCCCUGGAAGGGGAAUCUGGUAUUUUCUACAAAUCUGCGGAGUUUGGAUUGCUUGAAUCCCAAAUUCUGUCUGGUAAUUGGGACGCUUGCAUAGACACCCUGGAUGCGUUAAAGGAACUGUCAGAUGAAACAAGAGCUUCGGCAUUAUUUCUUGUGAGUAGGCAAAGUUUGUUGGAGAAUUUGAUUCACGGGGAUGAAUCUUUAGCUUUGUCGGUUCUGCGCAAGGUCGCUGCUUUACGUGUGGGCACAGAUAAGGUUCACCACCUUGCUUUUGGAAUGAUCUCACUGAAGGAGACGGGCCUGAGCAAGGGUGAUGACGAUGAUAUCCUCGAAUUACGGAAAAAAUUGUUGACUGAAAUGGAACAAUUGCUCCCUCCUCCUUUAACCCUUCCUGAAAGAAGGUUAGAACAUCUUGUUGAAAUGGCUGUUGAUGCUCAAAUAGACUCGUGCAUGUACCACAACUCAUUUGAUCUUGUAUCACUCUAUGAGGACCAUGGAUGUGGUCGGGAUUGGUUCCCUACUGAAACUAUUCAGAUUUUGACUGGCCACAGUAAUGAAGUUUGGUUCGUCCAGUUCUCUAACAAUGGGGAAUACUUGGCCUCAUCAUCAAGGGACUGCACAGCCAUUAUAUGGAAGGUGCUGGAAGAUGGUAAAUUAACAUUGAAACACACGCUUCAAAACCACCAAAAACCAGUGUUCUUUUUAGCAUGGAGCCCUGAUGACACGAUGUUGCUUACAUGUGGAAAUAAGGAAGUCCUCAAAUUAUGGGAUGCAGAAACAGGUACAUACAAGCACACUUUUGGUGAUCAAGACUUCAUUGUUAGCACAUGUGCCUGGUUCCCGGAUUCAAAACGAUUUGUCUGUGGCAGCUCUGAUGCAGAGAAGGGCAUUUACAUGUGGGACUGUGAGGGUAAUGAGAUUAAGGCUUGGAGAGGCACUAGGAUGCCUAGUGUUUCAAAUCUUGCUGUGACACCAGAUGGAGAAAACCUUGUCAGUGUAUUUUCAGAUAAUGAAAUCCGAAUUUUAAAUGUAGCAACAAAUGCCGAACAAUUAAUAUGUGAGGAGCACCCAAUCACAUCCCUUUCCAUAUCUGGGGACAGUAAGUUCCUUAUAGUCAACCUCAAGAGUCAAGAGAUCCAUAUGUGGGACGUUAGUGGGAAAUGGGCAGAACCCUUGAAGUUCAAGGGCCACAAGCAACACACGUUCAUUAUCAGGUCCUGCUUUGGUGGGUUGAACAGCGCAUUUAUCGCAAGCGGCAGUGAGGAUUCACAGGUUUAUAUAUGGAACCGGCAAAGAUCUAAUCCCAUUGAGGUCCUCGGUGGACAUUCAAUGACUGUCAAUUGCGUAAGCUGGAACCCUAAGAAGCCUCAAAUGCUAGCAUCAGCAAGUGAUGACCAAACAAUUCGCAUAUGGGGACCAAACCAUUCUGCCAGCCCGAGUAAAGCAGGAGAUUAAGAUGGGACAAAUGUACUUACUUACAUGGCUCUUCUCUUUUGUUCUCAUUUUUUGUUGGUUGAUGCAUUUGUAAAUAUGUGGCUUCAAUUUCAUUCUUCUUUCCAAAAAUGAUGUCACUUUCUAUCCCUUGUAUAUGUCUGCAUCUUUGAGCCUCGUUUCUAGAUGUCUGCCUAGACUUGUAAACCCCUGUGUUAGUGGUUGGAAGCAUAAAUACUAGUCGAAUAAAUUGUGCUGACAGAAGAGGUGUGCUUUGCUUCUAGUUGUUGUAAGGUUGUCUUCUCUAAAGAUUAAAUUUACUGCUAAAUCUGUCUGUCGAUAUGUGUUGGAUGAGGAUUAAUGUGGCAUUUGCAGUACCAACUUUAACACGUUCACCUUCUUUCC